AUGCGCAUAGACAAUCAAGAAGUGAAGUUUAAUGUGUUAAAUGCAUUAAAGUUCCUGGAUAAUGAAGAAUGUCAACCGAACAAAAUAGAGUUGCCUGAAGAAGAAGCGACCCAAGUUUGUGAGGUCCUCACGUUGGAAGAAAGCAUGAAGGAACUCGAGCCGCCAAGUCUGAGUGAGCGGCAGACGAAACCAACGCGUCCAUCAUUAGAAGAACCACUAGAACUAGAAUUGAAAUCGUUACCUAACCACCUUAAAUAUGCUUUUCUUGGAUUAAACAACACCUUACCCAUAAUUAUUUUAGCAAAUCUUUCCGAGCCUAACGAAUAUUCUCUUUUGCAGAUUUUGCAAAAGCACAUGCGGGCAAUAGGAUGGACGUUGGCUGACAUCCGUGGCAUCAGCCCAUCUUACUGCAUGUACAAAAUCAGGCUAGAAGAAGGGAAGACUGGAUCAAUUAAGCCUCAACGAAGGCUAAAUCCUAUAAUAAAGGAAGUAGUCAAAAAAGAAAUCUUAAAGUGGUUGGACGCAAGAGUAAUCUACCCUAUAUCUGAUAGCAGUUGGGUAAGCCCAGUUAAAUGCGUCCUCAAGAAAGGAGGAACAAUAGUGAUAGUCAAUAGUAACAAUGAGCUCAACCCUUCAAGGAUUAUCACGGGUUGGCGCUUCUGCAUGGACUAUAGGAAACUCAACGUGACAACCAAGAAGGACCACUUCCCUCUUCCCUUCAUUGACCAAAUGCUUGACAGACUGGCUGGAAAAGAAUUUUAUUUUUUCCUAGAUGGAUACUCCGGCUAUAACCAAAUUUUAAUCGACCCAGAAGAUCAAGAAAAGACGAAAUUCACUUGCCCCUUUGGAACGUUCACGUUAGAGGCAUGCCCUUUGGACUAUGCAACGCAUCUGGAACAUUCCAAAGGCAUUGUUUUGGGCCACAAGGUAUCUAAAGUCGAGUUGGAAUUUGAUGAGGCCAAGGUAGAUGUCAUAGCUAAACUUUCUCCGCCAUCAAAUGUAAAAGCACUACGAAGUUUUCUAGGACACGUUGGCUUUUACUGA